AUGUCUACAGAAGCAACUACUACAGAAACAACUCCCUCUCAUUUCUUAGGUAAUUAUUUGAUUAAGCUUUGUGUUAUUUUUGUAUCAAUUAAUAGUAAUACGUACAUCAUUUAAAGAUAAAUUAAUUGUGGUAAUGACAUAAUGAAGGACAUAGUACUAUGGAGGAAGAAGAAACUAAGUACAAUGAUUAUAGUUACGGCAACAGUAACAUGGGUGUUGAUGGAAGUUUAUCAAUUUAACUUCCUAACUCUCAUGUCAUGGCUCACCAUAUCUGUUGUUGCUUCAAUAUUCAUCUAUUCCAAUAUGCUUACACUUUUGGGCAAGGAACCACAAAACUUGGUGAGGUUGGAAUUGGAGGAAGAAACAGCUGUGAGAAUGGCAAAGACGGUUCGAGCAUGGAUUGAAAAAUCAAUAAAGUGGUUUUUCAUUGUGAGCACAAAGGAAGAUUGGCCUGUGUUUGUGGGAGUUAUGGCUAGGUUGUUGGCAAUCUCUUAUGUAGGAAAUUGCAUGGACUUCCUAACAUUCAUUUAUAUAGGCAUAUUGGCUGGUAUGACACUUCCUUUAACUUAUAAUAAAAACGAAGACAAGAUCAAGAGAUGCAUGGAACGGUUGAGGGAGAAAUACAAGAGAUUUUAUGAGAUUAUAGAUGAGAAAGCAAUUAAGAAGAUCAAAAGCAGAAUACUAAAUGAGAAUGAAAAGGAGAAGAAAAUAGAGUGA